AUGACUGCCGGUGUGGCGGGCCGUUUGAGUAAAGAGCGGUUCGGUGGCGGUGCCCUCCUGUCCAGAAACCAGUCCCUGGAGGAAGAGUUUGAGCGUGCCAAGGCGGCUGUCGAGUCAGACACAGAGUUCUGGGACAAGAUGCAGGCAGAGUGGGAGGAGCUAGCGCGACGGAACUGGUUAACGGAGAACGAGCAGGCCCAGACCCCCUCCAGUGUGUCGCCUCACGAGAAGGGCUACUACUUUCACACGGACAACCCCUACAAGGACUGGCCCAAUGCAUUUGAGGAGGGGUUUCGAAAGUCCAAAGAGGGAGACCUGCCCAACGCUGUCCUGUUACUGGAGGGGGCCAUUUUACAGGAUCCCCAGGACUCAGAGGCUUGGCAAGUGUUGGGGACCACCCAGGCCGAGAAUGAGAACGAGCAGGCUGCUAUUGUCUCCCUCCAGAGGUGUCUGGAACUCCACCCCAACAACCUCCAGGCCCUCAUGGCCCUGGCGGUGAGCCUGACCAACACGGGCAUGAGGCAGGAUGCCUGUGAGGCGCUGCUGUGCUGGCUCCGCCACAACUCCAAGUACAAGCACCUGCUGAAGGGCAAGAGACACCUGGCGGGCUCCCCGGGCUCCCAACGUGGGAUGUCUCGUGUCUCUACUGUGGGCAGCUCCCAAUUGCUGGAGGUCAAGGAGUUGUUCCUGGAGGCUGCCCAGCACAACAGGGAUACCGACCCGGACCUGCAGACGGGCCUGGGCGUGCUGUUCAACAUCAGCGCUGAGUUCAACAAAGCUGUGGAGGCCUUCAAUGCUGCCCUGUCGGUGCGGCCAGAGGACUACCUGCUGUGGAACCGCCUGGGUGCCACACUGGCUAACGGGGACCGCAGCGAGGAGGCAGUGGAAGCCUACACCAGAGCCCUGGAGCUCCAGCCGGGCUUCAUUAGGUCCCGCUACAACCUGGGCAUCAGCUGCAUCAACCUGGGAGCGCACAGGGAGGCGGCCAGUAACUUCCUAACGGCCCUGAGUCUGCAGCGGAAGAGCCGGAGUCGGCAGCUCUCGCACCAGGUCAUGUCGGGGAACAUCUGGGCCGCCCUGCGGAUAGCCCUCUCCAUGAUGGACCAGCCGGAGCUCUUCCAGGCGGCCAACAUCGGAGACCUAGACCUACUCAUGAAAGCCUUCAACCUGGACAUGUGAGUGGAGAUGAGCAUGGAGACAAGGCUCUACUCUCCUACCAACAGCCAAGAAUCCAAAGUGUACAGAUGGAAAGAGCGGUUUUGUCCAGUUGAUGACUAGUGUGUGGUCUUUUUUGCACGCACUACAAGAACUUGCCUAUCUUUACUACUCCUAAGUACCUCUGCGGUCUUGAGUUCUGCAUGUGCUUGAAGAAGAGACUAUUUUGCGAUGAAUUUGCACUGCAAUUUGUGAUUUUCCAGAAGAUCACAAGGACGGGCAAAGAUUGUACAAGUAGGGGAGAGCGGGGUAAGUCAUGCCAAUGGGUUGGUUGAGCCACCCCUUGUUUCUAGGAAACCAUACACAAAAUUAAUCAUGUGACCAAAUAUUUAGGAAGGGGUUAUCAUUUCAUGAAGUCUGUGAAGAAAGAAACCACAUGGAACAGGUGGUAAGGAAGUUAGGUCCAUGAAAACGAUUUUCACAAAGUCAAAUUAAUGUAUUAUUAUAGGUUUCAUGAUGCUUGUAUCUAAACCAAAGUAGAUCGUUUUAAGACUGGUUUAUAGAUCAGUUUGGGUCUCUAUAAGCUACAAUAUGAGGUCCUUAACCUAGCAUGAAAGUGCAUCAUUGUAGCUGUGUGGCCUAAUAUAGUCAAAAUGGUUGCUUUGGAGUAAAUUGUGCCAUUUGGUCAGGGACAAGUUGAACCAAUGGCUAAUCAGUAUAUCCCAUACAAAUGAUGCAUAGUAUUUUGUCAGUUGUCAUGCAUAUGAACUCGAUAGUGCAUUUCUAUUGUUACAGAGCAGACAUCAUCAUGCCCUGUGCAUACAAACGUUUUUUUUUUAAACCUGGGAUCUAGCCCCACGAGGUUCUUGAAAGAGCAGCCAAGGAAGUGAGAGAAGGGAAUAAGUCUAUUUGAGCAGCAGCAAGGGAUGAAAAAAGAAUGACAAUGAAGACCAAAAAGAAAACAAAGAUUUACCUGUGUGCUAUGAUAGAGUAGCAGAGGCACAUAAGGUCUUGUCUGAUGACAUGGAGUCUGAGCUUGCUAAACAGACCAGUUUUAUGGGCUUAGUAGCAGAGAACUUGCCUACGAAUUGGUACAUUGAAACAUCAUCCCGGUCCCUGAAAUCUUACCCCAAGGUGUUUCCACUUACCCUGUCCCCUUGCUUAAUUUACCCCAUACCUGGGGUAAGUUAUGCCAAGAGACCAUUUUUUUGGGACAUUCUGUUUUCAAAACAUACUGUAUGUUUACAUGAAUUCAGAUUAUUUCCAGGGAUACACAACAUCCUGAAAUAUAUAUAGAUAUCUUUGUUAGAAAGAAUAUGAUAUUCCCCUUGACGUAGUGAUGCUGAAUGUAAAAAAUGUCUCAGCAUACCCCACUCUCCACUAAUGCCUUAAAGAACACCGAAAUUAAAACAAGCGAAUUGCGUGGAACUGAGCUAGAGAGAGAAAGAGAAAUGCUGAGAAUACUGUUGCUGAACAGUGUUGAGGUUUGACAAAAACGGUUUCCUCAUCCAACUACAGUACUUCAGAGUGUUCGGAUUGUCACACCCAUCGACCUACAGGAAGGAUUUAGUGAGUGACAUCAAGACUACACCAUAAACUGUAGGACUCAAACCGUUUUCAUCAGAAAAUCAAAUGUUCCUUUUUAGAGGUGGUUUUAUCCUCUUUUUAGGGAGGAAAAGCACUGCAUGGAAACUAAAGCAUUUUCCUAAAAUAAUUCAGUGGCACAAACUUACAAAAGUUUUUAAUUCUUUAACUUUUCUUGCACUUUGAAAACAAACUGAUAAUUUCCUCCUAUCUUACUGAAAUUUGCAGAUUGUGAAGCCUUACUCGAAACACAUGCUAAAACAACAUUUACACAUUUUUUUUGCCAACUAAUGUAAGUCAUUUUCAGAUUCAUUUUUGACUUUCUUUAAUACUUGGCAUCCUCCGAAUCCUUCAUGAUUCGUGGUGUGCUCAACUCCGUAUUAUAUUUGUCCGAUUUUCCCUUACUCUCAUUGGUAGAUUUUUUUUAAAAUUUCACUCAGAUGUACUUCACGUGUCAGAAACACAUUCCGUUGAAUUUGUUCAGGUUUGUGCUUAUGGCUGGGAUGACUUUCAAACUAUUCACUCAUGUCAUAUUACUAAAUCAAAAGAUUAAGCUUUGUAGUGAAUGGAUUUGAGGCAUUACACUAUUUUCUAGAAGACAGCGUUUUUGUGCAACAUGUUGUAUUGCUUUACAAUAUGUAAAAGGUAAUGUUGAAGGUCAGAGGGCCCUCAAAGGUUACAAAACAUCACAACAUCUCAUGUUAAUGUCAGGUUUAUCUAAACACAGCAAAAAAAAGAAACGUCUUCUCACUGUCAACUGCAUUUAUUUUCAGCAAUCUUAACGUGUAAAUAUUUGUAUGAACAUAAGAUUCAACAACUAAACUGAACAA